AGACACACACACACCGCUCUCCCCCUCACUCUUUCGCUCGCCGCGGCGCUGCCAGUGUGUGGCUCUGUCUCUCCUCGGCUUUGCUGAGCCCUCCCUUCUUCCUCUCAGUUCCUAGAGUCCGACCGCCGCCGCCGUGAGAGGAGAAGGAGGUCGGUGGCGAUAAGGGGCGGAGGGGGGCAUCGGAUCCCAGCAGUGUUAGGCGGGUGGUGGUUCAAAGAGGGUGAGAGGGAGCUCGGGUGGCGGCCUGAGCCUCCCUGCGGAGCCGACCCGGGAACAGGGAGAAGAUGCACUGAAUACUUGGAUCUAUGAGACGAUUGAAUAUAUUUUCUCAUGAAGAGUCUUUGCUCAGUUGAACUUGGUUCUACCAUGCCCAGGGGGAGUGGCCACAACAGAUCCUAUCUGGCAGUGAGUGGCUGUCAUGAUCUCUACAGCACCGCUCUACAGCGGCGUGCACAACUGGACCAGUUCUGACCGGAUUCGCAUGUGUGGCAUCAACGAGGAGAGUUGUUUCCAGCAGUGGAACCCUCCCACUUCUGCAACUCUAGCUGCUUUUUAAAGGGGACAAGCCUUUCCCCCUUGAUUAGCCCCUUCUGGAGCACCGAAAAGAUGGGGAGAGGCCUGCUUUCAUCCCCAUUGCCAUUUUUGCUUCUCUUGCCCCAGAAGAGCACCUCUUUCUGAUGAGGAGUCCACGACAGGUGACUGCCAGCACUUUGGAUCUCAGGAGUUUUGUGUCAGCAGCAGUUUUUCCAAGGUGGAGCUCACAGCAGUUGGAAGUGGCAGCAAUGCCCGGGGGGCAAACCCAGAUGGCAGUACAACAGAAAAACUUGGGCACAGGUCAGAAGAUCAGCCUGAUGAUCCCCAGCCAAAAAUGGACUAUGCUGGGAACGCAGGAGAGGCUGAGGGCCUCCUGGUGCCACUGAACAGCCCAGGAGACGGGCUUAAGCUGCCCACUCCUGAUAGCACUGAGGCCGGCCAUAGCAGGGCCAAUUGCUCUUGGACUCCCCUAAGCACCCAAAUGAGCAAACAGGUUGACUGCUCGCCAGCCGGGGUAAAGGCUUUGGACUCUCGGCACAGUGUUGGGGAGAAGAACACUUUCAUUUUGGCAACUCUGGGAACUGGAGUCCCUGUGGAGGGAACCCUGCCUCUAGUUACCACUAACUUCAGCCAGCUGCCGGCACCUAUCUGCCCUCCUGCCCCUGGGUCGACCUCUGUGACCCCGUCGGUUCCCGAUCCAUUCCAAGUUCCCCUUUCUGUCCCAGCCCCAGUGCCCCACUCAGGACUAGUUCCAGUCCAAGUUGCCACGUCAGCUUCAGCUCCUUCUCCUCCCCUAGCACCCGUGCCCGCUCUAGCUUCAGCACCGCCCUCGGUGCCUGCUCUCAUCUCCGAUUCAAACCCUCUCUCGGUGUCAGCCUCUGUCUUGGUGCCUGUACCAGCGUCUGCUCCCCACUCGGUCCCAGUGCCACUCUCGGCUCCUGCUCCUACUCCUCUCACAGUCUCUGUUUCUGCACCUCCCUUGGCCCUAAUCCAGGCUCCUGUGCCUCCUUCAGCUCCCACUUUGGUCCUUGCUUCUGUCCCAACUCCGGUCCUAGCUCCCAUGCCAGCAUCCACGCCUCCAGCAGCUCCUGCCCCUCCGUCUGUGCCGAUGCCCACUCCAACCCCAUCCUCUGGCCCGCCGUCUACCCCCACCCUUAUCCCUGCUUUUGCUCCUGCACCGGUGCCUGCACCCACCCCGGCCCCAAUCUUUACUCCAGCCCCCACGCCCAUGCCGGCUGCCACACCAGCUGCCAUCCCCACCUCAGCACCCAUUCCAGCCUCUUUCAGUUUGAGUCGGGUGUGUUUCCCUGCAGCUCAGGCACCAGCUAUGCAAAAAGUCCCCCUGUCUUUUCAGCCAGGGACAGUGCUGACCCCUAACCAGCCGCUGGUAUACAUCCCACCUCCGAGCUGUGGGCAGCCACUCAGUGUGGCUACACUGCCAACCACUCUGGGAGUCUCUUCCACACUCACGCUCCCAGUCCUGCCAUCUUACCUACAGGAUAGGUGUCUCCCAGGUGUGUUGGCCUCCCCAGAGCUCCGCUCUUACCCAUAUGCAUUUUCAGUGGCCCGGCCUUUGGCUUCAGAUUCGAAGUUGGUCUCUUUAGAGGUGAACAGGCUCUCUUGUACUUCCCCAUCCAGCAGCACUAACACCCAGCCUCCUCCUGAUGGGAUCCCUGGACCUAUGGCAGAUACUUCCCUCACCACUGCUUCUGCCAAGGUGCUUCCAACUUCACAGCCUUUGCUGCCAGCCCCCAGUGGGAGCUCAGUCCCACCACACCCCUCCAAGAUGCCAGGCAGCACCGAGCAACAAACAGAAGGGACUUCCGUGACCUUCUCUCCUCUCAAGUCACCUCCCCAGCUCGAGCGAGAGAUGGCCUCUCCACCCGAGUGCAGCGAGAUGCCUCUUGACCUCUCUUCCAAGUCCAACCGCCAGAAGCUUCCAUUGCCGAACCAGCGUAAAACACCUCCCAUGCCUGUGUUGACCCCUGUGCACACCAGCAGCAAGGCCCUCCUUUCCACAGUCCUGUCUAGGUCUCAGCGCACAACUCAGGCUGCCGGCAGCAAUGUCACUUCCUGCCUGGGCUCCACUUCUUCGCCUUUUGUUAUCUUUCCUGAGAUGGUGAGGAAUGGAGACCCAAGCACCUGGGUCAAAAACUCCACCGCUCUGAUCAGCACCAUCCCUGGCACAUACGUGGGAGUGGCCAACCCAGUGCCUGCAUCCCUGCUGUUGAACAAGGACCCGAACCUGGGCCUUAACCGAGAUCCUCGCCAUCUCCCCAAGCAGGAGCCUAUCUCCAUCAUUGAUCAAGGAGAGCCUAAGAGCACUGGUGCCACGUGUGGCAAGAAAGGCAGCCAGGCUGGUGCCGAGGGACAGCAAAGCACAGUCAAAUCCCGUUAUACCCCAGCCCGCAUUGCCCCUGGGCUGCCAGGGUGCCAAACCAAGGAACUGUCUUUAUGGAAACCUACAGGGCUGACAAAUAUGUACCCACGGUGUUCCAUCAAUGGGAAAGCCACUACUAGCACCCAGGUCCUGCCUGUCGGCUGGUCACCAUACCACCAAGCAUCUCUGCUUUCUAUUGGCAUUUCCAGUGCCGGGCAACUAACCCCCAGUCCGGGGGUGCCUAUCAGGCCCACCAGCAUUGUUUCUGAGUUUUCUGGUGUGUCAUCUCUUGGCUCCAAUGAAGCUGUUCAUGGACUUCCUGAGGGGCAGCCACGGCCUGGGGGCCCCUUUGCUCCAGAACAGGAUGCUGUCACAAAGAACAAAACUUGCCGAAUUGCUGCCAAGCCUUAUGAAGAACAAGUCAAUCCUGUCCUCUUGACUCUCAGCCCUCAGACAGGGACCCUGGCGCUGUCUGUUCAGCCUAGCAGUGGGGACAUUGGAGUGAAUCAAGGACCUGAAGAAUCUGAGAGCCGCCUCUGCUCUGAUAGUACUCCUAAGAUGGAAGGCCCCCAGGCAGCCUGUGGCCUAAAGCUGGCAGGAGACACAAAGCCUAAAAACCAAGUGCUGGCUGCCUAUAUGUCCCACGAGCUGGUCUUGGCCGCCCCCCAGAACUUGUGCAAGAUGCCUGAGCUGCCUUUGCUACCUCAUGACAGCCACUCUAAGGAACUCAUUUUAGAUGUGGUUCCAAGCAGCAAGAGGGGCCCCAGCACAGACCUUUCGCAGCUUGGAAGUCAGGUGGAUCUGGGGCGGGUAAAAAUGGAAAAAGUGGAUGGUGAUGUGGUCUUCAAUUUAUCCAACUGCUUCCGGGCUGAUGGUCUCCCGGCAGUUCCUCAGAGGGGCCUGGCUGAAGCUCGUGGGAAAGCCGGGCAAGCCCGAGUGAAACGGGAAAGCGUUGGGGUCUUUACUUGCAAGAACAGUUGGCAACCAGAUGAAGACACAGACUCUCUGCCACCCAAAAAGUUGAAGUGUAACAAAGACAAGGAAAUUGAGGAAGAGCCACAGCAGCAGCAGCAACAGCAGCAGCAGCAGCAGCAGCAGCAACAGCAGCCACAGCAGCUACAGCAGCUGCAGCAGCCGCUGCAACAGCCACAGCCGCAGCACCAGCAGCAGCAGCAGCAGCCACCGCUGCCGCCGCCUCCGCUGCUGCCACAGCCACAUGAUAAGCCUAUGGUCCGGAAUUCCCUGGGAUCCAAGUGCCGGAAGCUGCCUGGAGACCCCCAGGAACCCACCAAGAAAAACCCCAGAGUGGCUUCAGAUUCAGGAAAAGAGCACAAUGGAGUCAGGGGAAAGCACAAGCACCGGAAGCCAGCAAAGCCAGAGUCCCAGCCUCCAGGAAAACGAGCUGAUGGCCAUGAGGAAGGUUCCUUGGAAAAGAAAGCGAAGAGCAGUUUCCGUGACUUCAUCCCUGUGGUUCUGAGCACUCGGACACGCAGUCAGUCUGGAAGCAUCUGCAGCUCUUUUGCUGGUAUGGCAGACAGUGACAUGGGAAGCCAGGAGGUCUUCCCUACAGAGGAAGAGGAGGACGUGGCUCCCACCCCCACUAAGAGGAGAAAGGUGAGAAAGACCCAAAGGGACACCCAGUACCGCAGCCAUCAUGCCCAGGACAAGACCCUGCUGAGCCAAGGUCGCAGACAUCUGUGGCGAGCCCGAGAGAUGCCCUGGAGGACAGAGGCUGCCCGGCAAAUGUGGGACACCAAUGAAGAGGAGGAGGAAGAAGAAGAGGAGGAGGAGGAGGGCCUGGUGAAGAGAAAGAAACGGAGACGACAGAAGAGCCGAAAAUACCAGACUGGGGAGUACUUGACAGAACAAGAAGAAGAGCAGCGGCGGAAAGGGAGAGCAGAUUCAAAGGCCCGUAAGCAGAAGACUUCCUCCCAAAAUUCAGAGCACUGCCUCAGGAACAGGAACCUUCUCCUGACCAGCAAAGCCCAGGGGAUCUCCGACUCACCAAACGGUUUCCUCCCAAAUAACCUGGAGGAGCCAGCCUGCCUUGAAAAUUCAGAAAAGCCAUCAGGAAAACGAAAGUGCAAGACCAAGCACAUGGCAAACGUCUCGGAAGAGGCAAGGAGCAAAGGUCGUUGGAGCCAGCAGAAGACACGAUCUUGUAAAUCUCCUACUCCAGUGAAGCCCACAGAACCAUGUACACCCUCCAAGUACCGAAGUGCUGGCCCAGAAGAGGCCUCAGAGUCACCCACUGCCCGACAGAUCCCCCCAGAGGCACGGAGACUCAUCGUGAACAAAAAUGCUGGUGAGACGCUCCUGCAGCGAGCAGCUCGCCUGGGCUAUAAGGACGUUGUUCUCUACUGCCUCCAGAAGCACAGUGAGGACGUGAAUCACCGUGACAAUGCGGGCUACACAGCCCUGCACGAGGCCUGUUCCCGGGGCUGGACUGAUAUCCUGAACAUCCUGUUGCAACAUGGGGCUAAUGUGAACUGCAGCUCCCAGGACGGCACAAGGCCAGUUCAUGAUGCUGUGGUCAAUGACAACCUGGAGACCAUCUGGCUCUUGCUAUCCUAUGGAGCUGAUCCCACACUGGCUACCUACUCGGGUCAGACAGCCAUGAAGCUGGCCAGCAGUGAUAACAUGAAGCGCUUUCUCAGUGAUCACCUCUCGGAUCUUCAGGGCAGGGCAGAAGGCGAUCCUCGCGCAUCCUGGGAUUUUUACAGCAGUUCUGUGUUGGAGAAAAAGGACGGGUUUGCCUGUGACCUCCUCCAUAACCCUCCUGGGAGUACCGAGCAAGGAGACGAUUCAGAACAGGAUGACUUCAUGUUCGAACUCUCAGACAAGCCUCUUCUCCCUUGUUACAACCUCCAAGUGUCAGUGUCCCGUGGACCCUGCAACUGGUUCCUCUUCACCGAUGUCCUGAAGAGGCUGAAGCUCUCCUCAAGAAUCUUCCAGGCCCGGUUCCCGCACCUUGAAAUCACCACCCUGCCCAAGGCCGAGUUCUACCGGCAGGUGGCCUCAAGUCAGCUGCUGACCCCCGCUGAGAGGCCUGGGAGCUUGGAGGACAGAUCUCCCCCAGGCUCUUCUGAGACUGUGGAGCUGGUGCAGUAUGAGCCAGAGCUGCUGCGGCUCCUAGGGUCUGAGGUGGAAUACCAGUCUUGGAGCAGUUGACGGAAACAGCCCCUCCCCCGUUCUUCUUUCUUCUCCGAGUUCACCCUUCCCCCACCGCCCGUGUCUCCCCCACCAAGCACCAGACUGCAGAAUGAGGCAAUAAUACGGACCAACAAGAAGCCGCCUUAUCAAUGCCAGCAUUAGUGACUGGAUUUUUGUUUUGUUUUGUUGUUUUGGGUUACAGUUAGUUCUCAUCUCCCUGUUGUUGUGGUUGGUGAUGGGGGUGGAAAGUUGAACUCCACUUCUGAAGACAAGAGGUCUGGAGAUGGUGGAAGGUGGCACCAGGGUCCCUUGGACUGGCUUCUAUGCUUAUGACCAAGACCAAACAUGGACCUGGGUGGCUGUGGCCCGUCCUAAGGAGAAAUGAGAAAAGCCCAAAUCUCUCGAGUGCCCCUCCCUGUCUCCCUGUUCUCUUCUGUCUUCCAUAGUAUUUAUUUUAUUAGUAUUUAAUUUGUAUUGUUUCAUUGGUUUCUGAUAAGUCUGUAUCACUGUGACGAUUUGAGACAACUUGUUGUAUUGAGGGACUUUCUUUACCUCCUUUCCUUUUUCUUUCUGGAUAAGCUUUGGGGAUGCCCCCUCCCUCUAAGAAAACUAGUCCCAGCUCGUCUUUCCCCAGUCGGGGGAGGGAGCAGGGUGAGGAAGGCUAGGGGGACAUCAUCAUAUGACUAAACAUCCUGGCUGCUGCUGGCCCAGAGCUGGGGGGCUGGGGGCAAAUCCCUGGCCUUUGGUGCUCCCCCACCCCCUGCCAGUCUUGGCCCACGCCCUGCCCUUUGUAGCAGCUCUGCCAUCUCGGGAUUAGUGUUUACUGAGGAGAGGGGUUCCUGAGUUACCUAAUAAAGGCAGGGUGAGAAUGGGCCCCAGGGGUGAGGGUGCUUCCCUCACACUGCUCUGCUCGCUCGCUCACAGUGCACAGGGUGAAGCUGUCCUGGCAUCUUCUGCCCUGUACCCAGCCCCUCCUUGCCUCACCCUGCCUACCCUGGGCUCCCUCCCCAUCUUGAGAUACUGAGCCUUUUCACCUCCCAGCCUUUGCCCUGCCAUCCCUACCGCAGACUUCCGGCCCCCUUUCCCCGGCUCUCCUCCUCUGGAGUCCGCAAAGGGCCCUGGGACUGACUAGGCAAGGGCAGAGACUAGUCUCUAGUCCGGCUCCACACCCACUUGGGGACUUGGAGCUGAGUGAGUGGCGCAGGGGCCUCAGAAGCCUAAGUGUUAGAUCUGUUCUAGGAGAGUCGGGGGAGGAGGGGCUUGGGUUCUUUCCAUGGCCCCACCCCUCCAUACCAUCGUCUUUCCCACUCUUCUUAUUUUUCUACCGAUUGCUAUUUUUCCGAACAAUCCUUGUAGAGUAUGUACCAUCGAAAGGCAGGAGGGCCUUGCUGUGGUUGGCUCUGGAUGGAGAUGGUACAGUUUUAUUGUACAGGUGCUAAACAACAACAAAAGAAGAAAAUGGAAAAAAAGACAAAAAAGGAAAAAAAAAAGCCAGUUUGGGGAUGGGACAAUCUGUUCUCUGGAGGCUCCUGACCCAUUUAGGAGCAUUGUUUCUUUUAACUGUGUGUGAUUUUUGUUCCCAUGGGGAUUUUCUGGGCCCCCUUCUGUAGGACAGCCCCACCAUCCUGCCCAAUUGGUUUUGAACAAUUGUUUUCCCUUUUUAACAACAACAAAGUUAUAUAUAUAUAUAUAUAUAUAUAUAUAUAUACACACACACAUAUAUAUAUAAAGUUGAGGGGGUUUGGACUUCAAGUUUCUCUGUUGUGUUGGGAUUUCCGAUACUGUGUGGUUUAUUUGGUUUUCUGUUGGCCUUGACUUUGUUUUGCAUUUGGGUGUGUACUCUGGCUGCCCUUUAUGUUUCGUUCUCAGCCACUGGCUGUGGAGUCAAAAACACUUGCAUACUGAAA